AUGUCUAUCUUCCAAGCCACUCUUCUAGUAUCUUAUUAUAGUCCAAUUGUACUAUUUUCCAUUGGAAUUCCAGCAGCUUUAUUGAAUGCUAUUAUUUUUAUGGGUAUAAAAACACUUCGACAAUCUCCUACUAGCUACUAUGUUGUUGGUCAAUCGCUCGCCGAUAUGAGUGCCUUGUUAGUCGUGUUUCUUCAAGCUGUACCAUCAACAUCAAUGUUAGCAUCAUCCAUUGCAUGCAAAUUGGGUUUGUUUUUUCUUCAGACAACAGCAUGUUUAGCAAUGAGUUUUCUGUGUUUGGCUGCUUUCGAUCGAUGGGCAUCUACAUCUCAAUCAGUUCGCAUACGCCAAUUAAGUUCAAUUCGAAUAGCUCGUCGUCUCUUGCCUCUACCUUUUCUUAUCUGGCCACUUGUCAAUAUUCCUUUUUUCAUCUAUACUGACUUGAUACCACCUACUUACAAUUGUUGGUUCACCAGCAGUUUAUUUGAACAGAUUGCGAAUUAUUUUCUUGAUCCCAUGCUUGCUGUUGUUUUUCCACUUUCUAUUCUAAUUGCUUUCGGCCUGUUAACAUGUCGAAAUAUUCGUCUUGUUACUCAUAUUAGACAACAACCUAAUCAAACUCAUAUGCCAAUGUGGGAACAGCAAAUGACGAGAAUGAUGCUUUCUCAAACUCUUGUCAGUGCCAUAUGUACACUUCCUCGAGCCAUAUUCAUUAUGGACAACAUACAAUUUCCAAAGUUCGAAAACCAAUCGUGGCCCGCUUUGGUUGGCAAACCAGUAGAUGAAGCCGUUGAAGAAAUCAAACGAGAAAAUCCAAAUUUCAACGUGCUGAAAGUUCAAGAUAACUCGCCUGUGACGUUAGAUUUUGGAUUCAAUCGUGUUCGUGUUUUCUACAACGCGCAUGGCAAAGUUUCACAAACUCCACAUAUUGGCUGA